AUGCCUUCACAGAACAAAACUCGUUAUGCUUUGAUUGGCACCGGUGGUCGUGCCAUGUUUUUCUAUGUGUCUCUUGUCAGGGAUUAUAGUCAAACUUCAGAAUUGGUGGCCUUUUGUGACACUAAUCAGACUCGUAUGAACUAUGCUAACAAGAAGGUAGAGGAACUUGGCGGAAAAGCUGUUCCUACCUACUUGGCUCAUGAUUUCGAGAAAAUGAUUGCAGAGGUCAAGCCCGAUCAUUUGAUUGUGACUACCAUGGAUCGAACUCAUCAUAAGUACAUUAUUCGUGCAAUGGAACUUGGCGUUGAUGUCAUUUCUGAGAAGCCAAUGACCGUUGAUGAAGUAAAAUGUCAAGAAAUUUUGGAUGCUGUUGAAAGAACUGGAAGAAAGCUCCGGGUCACUUUUAACUACCGCUAUGCCCCUCACAAUACCAAGAUUCGUGAACUCAUUGCUGACGAUACAAUUGGUCAAGUAAAUGCAGUUCAUUUUGAAUGGUUCUUAAAUACCAAGCAUGGUGCCGAUUAUUUCCGCAGAUGGCACAGAAACAAGAACAACAGUGGUGGCCUGCUUGUUCACAAGUCUACUCAUCACUUUGACUUGGUGAACUUCUGGAUGAAUACUAAUCCUGUAACUGCAUUUGCAUUUGGUGAUCUUAGAUUCUACGGUAAAGAGAAUGCUGAGAAGAGAGGUGUCACUCAGUUUUAUUCUCGUGCACAUGGCAGCAAGGUCGCCAAGGAUGAUCCAUUUGCCUUGCAUCUUGAAGAAAACGAACAAUUGAAAGAGAUGUAUCUUGAUGCUGAGCAUGAAGAUGACUAUUUCCGUGAUCAAAGUGUUUUCGGUGAUGGCAUUAGUAUCGAGGAUACCAUGGCUGCUACUGUCAAGUAUGCCAACGGUGCGGUCUUGUCCUAUGCAUUGCACGCCUAUUCGCCAUUAGAAGGUUUCCGUGUUGUGUUCAAUGGUUCCAAGGGUCGCAUUGAACUUAAUGUUAUUGAAUGUUCAUAUGUUAACUCGGGUGGUGAGCAAGCGAAGGAGGGUGCUAUUGAGAAGUUAGAGAUCACUGUAUAUCCCAUGUUCGGCAAGUCGUACAAUGUGGACAUUGACUUCAAGGAAGGUGGCCAUGGUGGUGGUGAUCCAGUUCUCUUGAACGAUAUCUUUGGUGUUCCCGUUCCCGAUCGCUUUAAUCGUGCUGCUUCCCAUGUCGAUGGAGCCCUCUCUAUCUUGACGGGUAUCGCUUGUAACAAGUCUAUUAGAACCGGUUUGCCAGUGCAAGUCAUGGAUUUGGUAGAUUUCAGAGGAGCUAGAAAGUAA